AUGACAUGGCAGAGCUCCUCCUCGGGGAGUCGAAGCUGGAGCAGUCCCUGAAGGAACACCCCCUGCGGCAGGGGGCCAGUCCCCGAGGCCCCAGGCCCCAGCUGACCGAGGUCCGCAAGCAUCUGACCGCCGCCCUGGACCGAGGGAACCUAAAGUCAGAGUUCCUACAAGAAUCCAAUCUGAUCAUGGCCAAGUUGAAUUAUGUGGAAGGAGAUUAUAAGGAGGCUCUCAACAUCUAUGCCCGGGUGGGCCUCGAUGACCUGCCGCUGACAGCCGUCCCUCCCUACAGGCUGCGCAUGAUUGCGGAAGCCUACGCCACCAAAGGACUUUGUUUAGAGAAGUUGCCUGUUUCCUCUUCUACCAGUAACCUCCACGUGGACCGGGAACAGGACAUCAUCACCUGUUACGAGAAAGCAGGGGACAUUGCACUCCUGUACCUCCAAGAGAUAGAGAGGGUAAUACUUACCAAUAUUCAAAACAGAAGCCCUAAGCCUGGCCCUGCUCCCCACGAUCAAGAACUAGGUUUUUUCCUAGAAACAGGACUUCAGAGAGCCCAUGUCCUCUAUUUCAAAAAUGGGAACUUGACGAGAGGAGUCGGGAGAUUUAGAGAGAUCCUCAGAGCAGUAGAAACAAGAACAACGCAAAACCUGCGAAUGACAAUAGCCAGGCAAUUGGCGGAGAUCUUGUUGCGGGGUAUGUGUGAACAGAGCUACUGGAACCCCCUGGAGGACCCACCCUGCCAGUCACCUCUGGAUGAUCCUCUCAGGAAAGGAGCAAACACAAAAACCUACACCCUCACUCGGAAAGCCCGCGUCUACUCAGGAGAGAAGUAUGGCCAUCGAUGUCCUCAGUUCAUUUUUUGUCCUCAAGAAAAUACUGAAGAAGCCCUGUUGUUACUGCUGAUUAGUGAAUCGAUGGCCAACCGGGACGCUGUGCUGAGCAGAAUACCCGAGCACAAGAGCGACCGCCUCAUCAGUCUACAGAGUGCAUCUGUGGUCUACGAUCUACUGACCAUUGCCCUUGGAAGAAGAGGCCAGUAUGAGAUGCUGUCGGAGGGUAAUUUCUACCAUCACCCAAAAUCUCCCAUCUGUGAUCCUAAUUUCCUUAGAAAGCCGGGUUUACUUUAUUUAAAGCAUCGAUGCAUAACUCCUGGUGAAACGGCAUCGUCAGGCACAGUGUAUUGUCAGUGCUUGGAAAGAGCCAUGAAGUUUGCCUUUGAGGAGUUCCAGCUCUGGUACCAGUUUGCUCUGUCUCUCAUGGCUGCGGGAAAAUCUGCACGGGCCGUGAAGGUGCUGAAAGAGUGUAUCCGUCUGAAGCCCGACGACGCCACCAUCCCGCUCCUCGCUGCGAAGCUGUGCAUGGGCUCCCUUCACUGGUUGGAAGAGGCUGAGAAGUUUGCCAAAACCGUCGUGGAUGCGGGAGAGAAAACGUCAGAGUUCAAGGCCAAAGGCUACUUAGCUCUGGGGCUCACAUACAGUCUGCAGGCCACUGAUGCUUCUUUGCGAGGGAUGCAGGAGGUCCUACAGAGAAAGGCGCUUCUUGCGUUUCACAGGGCCCACAGCCUGUCACCUACAGAUCACCAAGCAGCUUUCUACCUGGCUCUGCAGCUUGCCAUCUCCAGACAGAUCCCAGAGGCUCUGGGGUACGUCCGCCAAGCUCUUCAACUUCAAGGUGAUGACGCCAACUCCCUGCACCUCCUUGCCCUCUUACUGUCUGCACAGAAGCAUUACCACGAUGCUCUGAAUAUCAUUGACAUGGCCCUGAGUGAAUAUCCAGAGAAUUUUAUACUACUGUUUUCCAAAGUGAAGUUGGAGUCACUGUGCCGGGGCCCGGAUGAGGCGCUCCUCACAUGUAAGCACAUGUUACAAAUAUGGAAAUCCUGCUACAACCUGACCAAUCCCAGUGAUUCUGGACGUGGGAGCAGCCUCUUAGAUAGAACCAUUGCUGACAGACGACAGCUUAACACAAUUACUUUGCCAGACUUCAGCGAUCCCGAGACAGGCAACUCUCCAGAAGUAUACUUUCAUGGUUUUCCCUCCCUUUUUUCAGUUAGCUCUGUCCACGCCACGUCCGUGGCAGCCUCAAGAGUGGAGCAGGCACUGUCAGAAGUGGCCUCGUCUCUGCAGAGCAGCGCCCCCAAGCAGGGCCCGCUACACCCCUGGAUGACGCUGGCACAGAUCUGGCUCCAUGCAGCUAAUUGUGUGAUGUCCAGCCUUGUUUGGAACCCUUGGCAGACCUUCGCAUAUGAGAGCAUGCUUGGAUUUACCUGGCUUUGGUGCAUCACGGGGCUCAGCUCAGCCAGCCUCCUCUGUGUUGGCAUCUUUAAUGGAGACAUAACAGCUACCAUAAAUUAACAAAUUACAUUCUUCUAAGCAGAAGCACAAAAGAGGGAUGAUUCAUGAAUGUGCUGAUUGUUCUCCCGGUGCGGACGCCUGCCGGCAUGUGGCCUCUCGCUGGGUCCCAGAUGAGCCGGUGCGCAGGACGCGGGGGCAGCAGUAAUGCCCUGCCCUCCACGCCCUGCGCUGCCGCCGACAAGCUUAGUCCCCGGUCUAGGGCCUGGCACCUGUCCUAUUUGGUCGCCCUCAUGAGCAGUAACUACAUGGAACACAGAGAGAAGCCUGAGAAGGCUGCAGUGUCUGGGCCGGGAGAGACUGGGUGACCCUGCAGGGCCAGUGUGGGGGCUGAGGUGUCUUUCAAAUCGGAAUUGAAGUCGAGAUUUUGAAGGGCCAAUGUCUAAAAAAAACCCAGCAGGGCUGAAGGCCUUUCUUCGAGGCUGGAAUGAACUUCCUGACCUCACAGGCAUUGCUCCUCUUCCCAGUUUCUUGGAAAAGUCAGUGACCUGAGUGAGGGUCACUAAGUUCCAGGACAGUUUCUCCUGUUGGCUUGCUGCCCCUUAUUCAAUGAUCCAGACUCUGUUCCUUUCUGUGUGUCCCACGUGAUUCUUGGGAGGAAAUUUUGUAGCAGCUUAUUAGAACAUUGAAGAACUUGGUAGCUACGAUUCAGUUUGGAGCUAUCCUUGAAUUUGGACAUAAUCGUAUGAUAUCCACUUCUUAUUGGCAUAGCUUGCAGCACAGAAUAAAGCUCUCAUUGUUAGUUUAUGGGCAUGGCUUUUAAUACUCUGUGAGUUGGUGGGAUUGAACUAUGGAAAACGAGCACCAAACCUGCCUUAUAAAGUCUGGACAGAAUAUGCAUGGUGCUUUUGUUAUACGAAGGAAUUGAGUAAAUUGGAAUCUUCAUAGGAUUUGUGCCAUAUUGACUAUUUCAAAGCAGAGACUUGGUUUAUGUGAAGAUUCAGAAUUGUAUCAUAUAUUCACAUGGUCUUUGAAGUGGUAACUUCAGAACGAAUUCAGAAAACAGACAGCUUCCACUGAACUGUAAGGUUUUACUACCUGUGGUUUGAGCUCUGCUGCUCCAAGAGGCCAAAUAACGGUGACCCCCCCCCACUUUUGGACAGUUUUUGGUUCCAUCAUUAGGUCUAGCCAUAUGGCCAGAUUCUUUAAAUUUUACAAGCUUUGGAAGAAACUUCCAAAGAUCAAGGCCUGACAUCCCAGGUCAUGGUGUUUCUGUGGCAUUUGUGGGUCUCUUCUCUCUUGGUGGUUUUCUCUGGUGAGCUGAGUCUAGUGGGAGCUCAUGACAAGAGCCCAUGGCGAGAUGGCCCCAGAUUUGAGGCUUGCAAGUGAGAUCACUUUGAGACAACCUUCGAUUUCCAGCCUAUUGUGUGAGCAGGUCCCUGGGCCACUGGUAUUUCCGUUUGAAUAGCAAAGAGAUCAUGAAUUGGACACCUGAGCUUCCAGCUGCUCUGUGAGGGAGUGGGCCAGUGGCCCGGCAGACCCAGGAAGACAGGCGAUGCUUGACCACACAGGGUCCCUCCUUUCCUGAGCGGUGGGACCCGCUCCCUGGGCACACCAUUCCCUCUGUGUCUCCUCCUGCUGUCCUGGACACCUCUGACUUGGUGUCUCAGGCUCUUCACCAGGACACAGGUGGCUGACCAGCAUGGGUUGUGUGUGUUUCGUUCCUUAGUGUCUCGGGACCUAUGUAACAGUUGUAUUUAAAUUAUUUUUUAAUAAAUAGUACCCGCAAAUGGUACACAACUGAAAAGGUACAAAGGAUCUGAGUGAAAAGUCUCCAUCCUGCCCCUGAGCUGCAGCCAUCGGCACGCCCAGCAACGACUGCUAGCAGGCCCCAUGUGCCUUCCAGAGCUGUCACACGCUGGGGCAUCCUUGCUUGUCAGCAUACCUGAUGCCGACUCAGACUUUUUACCGGCCACACAGUAUAAAUCCAUUGUAUGAAUUCACCAUAAUUUGACCAGUAUUCCAGUGAUUGAUGUUAAGACUAUUUCUAAAAGUUUUGCUAUUACAGUACGUAUCCUUCUGUAUAUUGCGUAAAGUUGGAAUUGAUGGAUCAAAGGGUGUGUACUCUUUAAUUUUGUUAAAUUUUGUCACGUUGGCUUCCACAGAAUAGUACCAAUUUACAGCCCAGGCAACAAUGUGCAAAUGCCCAUUUUCUUCCAUCCUUGUCAACACAGCGAAUUCUCAGCCUUCUAGAUCUCUGCCAAUCUGAUUGGUGAAAAAUGGUAUUUCAGUUGUCUGUUCAUGGCUUCUGCUCAUUUACCUUCUUAAACACUGAGCUUUCCUUUUUUAUUUGUAAGCAUUUAUUAUGUGUCAGAGAAAUUUGCCUUAUGUCUGUGAUAUGAGCUAUAAAUAUUUUCUCCUGUUUUUAUUUUGUUAGUGUUUUUGUUUGUCUUUUUUUUUUUUGCCAGUUUUUAAAAAAUACAUUUAUCAAUCUUUUCUUUAUGGCAUCUGGGCUUCACAUGAUAUUUACCCAUUUUUUAUGGUCUCCUUUCCUAAAAUUCCAUGUAUCUUCUGGGGCUAUUGUUAUAUACACUGUCUUAUAAAGAAGGUCAGCAGGGGUUAUCUCCUCCAUUAUGCAGGAGGGAAACCCAGGCCAGAUAGAAAUACGUGUCUCU